AUAAAAAACAUAAAAUACAUAAAAUAUAGACGGAAGAGUAUCCGGAUCUAAAAUAAAAAUAGGCAGAAAGACAGAAAAGCUCGAGAGUCGCGUGAUUUUGCAGCCCUACCCAUCUCCCCCUCGACCAGUCCACUCCCAGAUCAGGAGAUAUCAUAGAGAGAGAAAGUUUAGGGGAGAGAGAGAAGAAAAUGUCGGGUGUUACGAGCCAGCCACCGGCGGAGGAAGACAAGAAGCCCGGCGGCGACCAGUCCGGUCACAUCAAUCUCAAGGUCAAGGGUCAGGAUGGCAAUGAAGUGUUCUUUAGGAUCAAAAGAAGCACCCAACUGAAGAAACUUAUGAAUGCUUACUGUGAGCGGCAGUCUGUGGAGUUCAACUCGAUUGCCUUCUUGUUUGAUGGACGUCGUCUCCGAGGGGAGCAGACUCCUGAUGAGCUGGAGAUGGAGGAUGGUGACGAGAUCGACGCAAUGUUACAUCAAACUGGUGGCUCAGCUGUUUGAAUAAUGCUCUACUCGUUUGUGUGAACAGUAGAAUUUUAGGGACUUGAAUUUGGGUUUGAGUGUUUGCUAAAAAAUUACUGUGCAAAUAUUAGGUUAUCGGAUUUGUAUUGUUCGUCUUGCUUGGUAAAUUUAGCAACCUGCUACUUCUAGUUACCAUGGCCAUAAUUUGAACGUCGAAGAAAAGCGUGUUGUUGCUUCAUUUGUGGAUGGACAAGAUGGAAUUAUGUGUGUGUGAGAGACUAUUCAAUUCCCUUU